AUGAUCGCGUGCGUGGCCAUCGUUGGGGCAAAUAACAAUCCAUUGUUUGUCCGAGCGUACUGCGAAGAUGACGACCUGUCGUUUCAUUACAUUGCUCACAUCGCGUUGGACAUUGUCGAGGAACGAGUCAAACUGUCAAAGGACGAUAUGUACCUGGGUUUCUUGGGACCCGUCGAGGAUUUCCGAGUGUACGGCUACGUCACCAACACGUUGGUAAAGCUCAUUGCGGUUGUGCAAGACGCCCCUCUGAAGGACUCCGACAUGCGAGCGUUCUUCGCGGACGUCCACAAGCUGUACGUGAAUGCCAUGUCGAAUCCAUUUGCCAUUCUUGGCGAGCGCAUCACGUCUGCAAAGUUUGAGAGUCAUGUGAAGAGUCUCGUGCUUCAGCACAAUCAAGCACAGGAAGCGCACUAA